ACUUACAAUUUUGUUUGUGGCAACAGCAACGACGUAAACAAUAACAAAUUAAAGGAAACAAAAAAAUUCAAUUAGAUCUAGGUCCAGAGCAAACUCAACAUUUUUGGUACAUAAAAUAAUUUGCAAAGUUUUAGGACCCAUAUUAGAUUAUUUGAAUUUAAACAUUUAUUUUUAAAGACUUUUAAGCUUUUUUUUACAAAGCCUAUAUCAAAAUGAGUUAAUUUAGUUAUAUUAAACCUAGUACUUCACUGAAGUCUUCAGUCUUCAGUGUCUUCAGUACUAGAGUUAGAGCAUACUUCAAGGAUUGGAGACGAAGGUGAGAACCCACCUAGUUAGUCUAAAAAUUCUAAACUAAUCUCUGUGACGUCCCGUGAAAAUCUUGAGCUUCCUGAUCCCAGGCACAUGAGCCGAAAAUUUUAUAAAUUCAGUUUACUCAGUCAAAGUCACUCAUAGUCAUAGAGCUGCUGGUGAGUAAAUAAACGUUUAAAUAUAUGCCAUAUGUCUUUAAAAAUUAUGACCUCCCUGAGUCUAUAAUAUAUAAUAAUGAGUGACCCAAUAUACACUCAUCAAGUCUUCAUUCUGUAAAUAACACGACUGCAAAAACAAAACAUUGAUUACUUUCCCCAGCAUUAAACAACAUUAGUCAUAAUAUAUGUAUACUUUUAUAAAGUCAUGUCAAGAUAAUUGAUAUAUAUAACAUAUGACAUGAUUAUGACCAAGUUUUGAGUGGUUUUGAAAAAUGUCAUAAAAAAGUUUUGAAAAAUAUGUGUCCCUCUAUCACACAUCAUCAUGUGUAAUGCCAUUUAUAAAUAUGCAGCUUUGAACUUGACCUUUGAGCAUUGCAAAUUUCACAACAAAAAAAGAAAAAAUCUAAUUAGGGAAACUAUUUGAAUUCAUGCUUCAUCUUACUAUAUAUAAAAAAACUUCAAAAUCACACUUUCAGGACUAAGUUGGUGUUAUGAGCCAGAUGCCAGAUAAGUUAUGGUGACCUUGAAAUUUGCAGCAUAAUAUGAUCAUGUAUGUUUCAUUUCUGUUUUAUAUAAUUCAUUUCAUGGUGUUGAAAUUGCUAAAUUAUAAAAUUGAUUAGACUAUUUUUUUCUAAACUUGACUUAAAAUAUGUCAUUAGCUUUAAGAAAAAAAUGAAGUAUGGGAACAACCUUGGAAAACUUACCUUCUUUUCCUACUUUUAAUUGGGAGAAAUUACUUGAUGAAACUGUACAAUUUGUUGCACAUAUCUAAGUUUUUCAGAAAUAAAUGACUUAGUAUUUUUAUUUUGUAUUAGUAUUAGAAGAGACCAACAUUUUUUAUGUGUGUAUCUCUUUUUAAUUCUUCAUGAAGCAUAAGUUUUAAAAGUGCUGCUUAUGAAUCUCGACAUUCAAUGCAGGCUAAAAAGUUUGGUUGUUAAUAAAACUUUUAACAUUGUAACAUAAUGCAAUUUCACUAAUACAUAUUAUUCUAUAGCAAUGUUAUUGUUUGAAAUUCUAUUAGUUGUUUAAAUCACAGAUAAGUAUAAUGGUUUUCAGUUAAACUAUUAUUUUUAUUUUAAAUGUAGCUCCUAAAAUGGUUUGAUUCAACACUGAGAUCACCAUGCAAAAUAUUUUCUGCCCUGGAUUUUGAUGAUGAAAUGAAUACUAAAGAAAUCUGAUGUCAAAAAUGAGUAAUUUUCCAUGAAAUCUGAUGUCAAAAAUGAGUAAUUAUGCAUUCUCUCAUCUACUGUUUGUAUUGAUUGCUUAGUAUUGCAUAAAAGCAUGUCAAAUCAUUUUAUGAAUGCCCAGCAAAUAAAACGGAAUAAAAUAAGCAUACACAAUUAAUUUUGAUUUGGUUGUGGCAAUGUGCCACUAUAUAAGAGAAUCCACUCUCAUAGUCAUAGUGUGACUGCUAUGGGUAACCCCAAGCACGUACACAUCCAUGGUCAUUUAAAGUAACACUCAGCCGUGUACUGGCCUUAAAUUUUAUGUUGGUUAUUUACACGCGGGAAUAACCAUCCCUGCUACGGGGUUGACCCAUGGUCAGCUCGGACGCAGGUUCCCUGUGACUGUGUGUGUGUGUGGGAGGGGGGGCGAACUGGGACUUGAGGUGUGUACACUUUUAGAUUGUGGUGUGGAACGGAUGCGUCGGGUCGGCGGCAGGUGUGAGAGAUUUUCCUGUCGGCUCUGUCAACGGAUUGUACCUUACAUUAAUUAAAAAGCUAUAGUUCUCAGACCUGAUUGUUUAUUGUGAUUUUAUGUAAACUGUAAGCUACGUCACCACUCGGCUACAGUAAAUCAUGUUUAAAAAAAAUUCUUGAAGAAAUUUAUGUCAUUUAAUUUUCAGUAAGAUCCAAAUCGUUAUCUAGGAGAGAAAAAAAUGAUGUUGAAGAAGAAAAUGGUGUCCUAUUUUGGGUUAACAAAAGUGGCUUUCCCAUUGAUGCACCCACUUGGGAGCGCAUGUGGGAUCACGUAACCAAAGUUCAUCCUGAUGGUUAUAACAUGGUAAAAAAGAUUCAAAAUAAGCAAGACUUACCCCAGGUAGGUACAAUUUAUUUCAAGAUUUCACUGCCAUAUUUUGUAUCCAUUGGCGUUUGAUUGAGAUUGGUUAUGGUACAGACUGAAUGUAAAUACAAGUAAGUUUAUUAUUGAUAUUCAUGUUAUAUCAGUUUUGUAUAUCAUAUUCAAUUGAUUCAAACGCCCACAGUAUUCCUUUUCACAGUAUAAGAGACAAGAGAUAUCUUAUUUGUGUUUUUGUUUCCGGAUUGAGAAAACGCCAUGAAAAAAAAUUUGAGCUAAUUAUUAUCUGUUUUCUAUAGAUUCCUGUUCCACAACCACCAUUAUCCUUUAACCCUGCAAUGUCCAUCCAAGAGCGUCUUAAAAAAAUUCAAGAUUAUAUGAAUGAACUACAGUAUCCUUGAUGAACUAAUUAGCAAUUUAUACAAAAAGGUCUUGAAAUAUUUAUCUAAUGCUAUUUUUAUCUGGAGCAAGAAAAAUCAUCCCACUAAAUUGGCUAGCCAAACCUCAUUGCAUCUGAUUGGCAAAUAUUACUCUUAAAAAGUGGAAAUAAAACAUCGUCCUAAACUUUGUAUAGAUAUAAUCACACUGGGACCCAAUUCUUUGAAAUUAGAAAGAACCGACCUAUCACAGGGUAAGAAAAGUAAAUUACUAAAAAUAUCUAUACCAUAGAAAGAAAUAAUUUUUUAAAAGGUAUUGAAAAUCCCAUUUCUCUUAAUAAUGUUCCAUAAAUUUUGUAUUUUAUCUUAUCGAUAGCCUUAACAAGUUACUGAAAUGGUAUGUUAUAAAGAAAAUGCAAUUUAGCAUAUAUUUUAAGCCUUUAUAUUUUUAUUUCUAAGUUUGUCACUUUUAUUUUUCAGUUUGAUGGAAACUGCCAAAGAAAUGAUUAGAGAAGCUCUGCCCAUUAAGUGCUUAGAAGCUGUUGUUAUGGGAAUGUAUCCUUUCUAUGUAUGCACUUAAAGCUUGAGUUUUAGAUCAUUACAAAUAACUUUAAAAAAAAAAAAUCAUAAUAUAGCCAUAAUAAAUAUAAUAUCAUAAAUGAAACUUGUAAUAUAUUUUAAAUUUCCAUAAAUUAUGUUGUGAAAAAUAUUGAAUUCAGAUUUUUAUUUAAAUGUCCAUAUUAUCUUUAAAAACAAUGAUGUAAAAAAAAAAAAAAUUCUUGACAUUUUGAAGAUUUCUCACCAAUGGCAUGGUUGGUGUAGAAAGGUUUACAAUAAGCUUCAAGACUCUCUUCAAAGAUCACCUGCAUCGGCACAUUGUUCUAGGAGUUUCUCACGGUGGCUUUUAUGGAGCUAUUGGAAUGAGCAGAAGAGAUGACUUGAUGUAUAAACCAUUGGAGUUUAAGGUUUUUCAUUUUUAGUUGUCUGGUUGUGUUAAAUUAAUUUCUAGAAAUUAUGUUUACUGAACAUCAGGUAUUGUACAUGUAAGGGAAAUAACUUCACUUUUUAAGGAUGUGGGACUCUUUGAAACUGCACUAAUAUAUUCUUGUAUAGAGUUUUCAGGGGAUAAAAUGAAAAAAAAUAUUAAUAAUUCAUUUCGUACAGAGCUUAGCAGAUCUUGUUUUGGACUUUGCAAAGUGCUAUAGAAAAUGUGAGUAAGCCUCUAUUUAACAUUUUUAAAAAUUAUGCUGCCUCCUUUUCCUCUUUAAAAAAAAAAACUUUGUUCAAAAUUUUAAUUUUAUGUAUUUGCUAAAGAAGAGAAUCCAUACAUUUUGAAUCUUAUAUAAAUUCAUAUUUUUUUUUCUCUAUAUGUAUAAUAUAUUUUUUAGAUUAUCAUUCUGUGAAAAAAGUUAAAGUGGGGCUACCAAUCAUCCAUGAUCCACAUUCUUAUGAAGUCAUCAAUUGGAAGGUACAAUAGUGCUUUUAAAAAAAAAUCUUUUUACUUUAACUCCAUUUUUCUCCCUCCCUACCCCCCCACUUAAAAAAAUAGAGAUAUUUAGAUUUUAUUUGAAAACAGUUAAGAACAUUUAAUCAAUUGUAGCCUUUUAAUAAUUUUUAUUUAAAAAAAAACUAGUAACAUAUCUUGUUAAGGAUGGUAUGCUUGAUGAGAGUAUUUUUUUUCUUAACUUUGGUUAAAAAGAUUUGAGUUUUUAUAAUAUGGCAUAUGAAGGUUAAAACUUAAAAAAAAAAUAUUAAAAAGUUAUAAAGGAAGAUGCUGAAAAUUUGGUGAAGACUAAAAGUAAGUGUUAACUUUAAAUGUAAACUUGUAUAGCAAAAAGGCAAGCAGCAUCAUUGGUUAAGAAUCCAAGAUCUUACGUGAAUUAAAAAAAAAAAAUUAAGGAAAGAUUAUUUCUAUACACCCAGAAUAAGAAGUGCAAAAAUAAUUGAAAAUUAAAGGGUUAGUGUUAGCACUUUUUAAUUUUUCAAAAAAACUUGUUGAAAAUUAUCUUUGAUAUUUACAUUUACAGGCUCUGAUGGUCUCUUUAAACAGGAACAAUGAGAAAGAGUGUAUCCAUGAACUAGACAACCAUGCUCGUAAAAUGAAAACUUUAGUGAGUUUUAAGGAGAUAUUCAUGCAUCAAUGAUUCAUUUUUAGUGAUAAUGCUCUUUUGAGGCAAUUUAAUGCUUCAAUUUUUCUAAAUAAAAUAAUAAUGCUUUUAAGAGACCGUCACAGGGAAUAAAUAUAAUGUUACUACAAUACUUUAGAAAUUUCAAUUUAAAUAUCAGCAUUUCAUUUGAUAAUUGUUUUUGGUAAUUUUAAAUAAACAUGUUUAAACAUUUAGGUUUUGUGUGAUAAAUUUCUCUUUUCUAAAAAACAUGAUAUUCCCACUUUAGUAAAGAUUAUUUAUACCAAUCAUUUGCUUUUUUAAAGUCCAAGUCAUGGACAGCAAGCCCAUACUGUACCUUAAAAACAGUGUCCACCGCUGAAGCAUUGAGAGUAUUACCCAUAGACUCAUUUUCUCACACCAUGACUCGAAGAUCGUAAGUAAUCAUGGUUUCAGUUUUAAAACACAUUUUUUAACUUUUGUAACGUAAAAUUUAUAAGCAGCUUUGUUUGGCCUUUUCGUAAGUGGAAAAUCAGAGUAUGGUAUUUUAAAGUGCCAGAACUAUUGUUAGGGGUGUAGGAAAAAUAUGAUAACAUUUAUUAGUUGACUAGUUAACUUCUAAGGAAAGUUUCAGGAAAUGUGGAGGUAUUUAUAUGUGUAAUAAAUUCAUUAAAUUUGUUCUUACAGCAAUUAUUCAUUCAAAAUUUAAUACAUUUAUUGGAAUUUUUUAAGAUUAGUUAAAAAUACUAUACUUGUUCAUUUAUUAAUUUUUGUAAGAUAGAUAAUUAUAUUUCAUGGGCAGAAAGUUCCCCAAAAUAAUAUAUAGUCAUUAAAUUUAUUGCUUUAUAUACUUUAUUCCGUAUCAUUACAGAAAUUCUGUUGUGACCCAAAGUCUUCUUAACAGCCGAAGGAAGAGCAGAAGUACGCUAGCCCUUCUGGCAGACACAGAAUAUCAAAUUCGCAUCUAAUUAUCUCAUAAUUGCUCAAAAUCUAAUGCUUUAAAAAACAAGAAAACUGUGAUAUUAUCUUUAUUAAGAACAGUUCCCUGUGUUAAAAAAAAACAAUAAAUUAAUUUGGGGACAGAUCACUGAGCAUGAAUUCCAUGUGUCUUAAUUGGCUGAACAGCAAAACUGAAUGACUGUUUCACUAAGAACCAAUCCAUGUUCUACUUUCAUGAAGUAAAAAUUACAGUUACAGUACUUGUGGACUCUGCAGCACAAAAUGUUCUUUCUUUUUUUAAUUUUGAAGUUUUUAAUUAAUUUAUUGAAUUUAAUUAUUAACCAUUGCCAAUACUUUCUCAAUAUUAAUGGCAAUGGCUGAAUAUUGAAAUAACUAUUUUAUUACACUUGUUCAUUACAUUUCCAAUGGAAGAAACUUGCUGAUGUUUUGAAAAAUAGCUCAAAGUUUUAAAGGGUAAUUUUAAAAUAGUUGGUGGAAUGAUAUUAUUUGCCAUUUAAAAAAAAUGUAUUUAGUUUAUUACUAUAAUAUUAUUUAUAAUUUUUGUUUGUUCAAUUCAACUGUGUUGUUUAAUUCUUUUUAUUAAAUACUUCCAAAUGUCAGAGUUACCGGUACACAGUAUAAAAAAUGAAUUAGUUGUUUUAAAUUAAACCUAAACUAUUUAAACACCUGACAUUGUAAGCCUUUAUAAAACCCCAUACUUUUUAACAGCACUGCAGCUCCCCAAACCGUCAUUAGUAAAACUAGUCUAGUUAUUAAUGUUGUACAAGUGAUUUGAAAAGAAUUUAAUUUACUACAAUUAGACUAGAUGGAAAAUCUCAGAAAGAGGUGUAUUAAGUCAAACCUCUAUAAUAAUUCAUUAUUUUAUAAUUAAUAGCUUCAUUUUAUAAAUGAUAUAGGCUUACAAGUCUGAAUGAUUCUUCACACAUUUUUUUGUAACCAUUUUCAUUGGUUUGAGCAGUUGUUUGGUUGAUUUCUAUUAGUUUUGAUUAAACUUUGUUUAUAAUUACUAGUUACUUAUAUAAAUGCACACAACCCAAGUCAUGAGAGGCUAAAAGUAUGUUUCUAAACUUUGUAAUGGAAUGGAAUUUAAAAUUAAAGAAAGAUAAAUAUUUAACACAAAAUUACCUUUAAAUAUAAGGGCAGAAAAAAACAGUGGCACCAAAGCAAAUAAAUUAUACUUGUUAAAUUGACCUCACAAUAACUCAAAUAAAGGAAAUCAAAUUAAAUUAAAACAUAAUAAAACUUUAAAUAUAUUUGUAAUACACAAGCCAAAAAGUUGAAAAAGCGAAUAACAAUUCAUUGCUAGAAUGUGUAUGGUUUUAUUGUCAUGUUCCUGAAAUGUGUAUAGCACCUUCUGAUGUUUAAAGACAGUAAAGCAAGAGUUUUGCAGCUUUAGCCCAAAAACAGUGUAAAAAAAAAUAUCUAAAAUUAAAAUCCCCUAUAUUUUGCUUAUCAUUGAAACCAGUAGUAGUUUAAGUCACAAAUAAAAAUUAUAGCCACAAAUAUAUAUUUAUGAUAAACAACCUAUAAUUACCA